AUGACAAAACAGUCACCCAUGAAGAUAGCCUUCGGAGCUAUCUUCUUCAUGUCUAUAUGCUUCUGUUUAUAUAACUUUGAGGCCAUAGGCGAUUCGCUAAAUCUCUCACGGUCGAAGUAUACCGAAAGCCUUGAUACAUCCACGACGACAAGUCCGAAGGAGCCCGCGGCUUCAAAGACCGAUAAAUCAUCUGCUCCAAUAAUCGAUCCUAAAGAUCUCGAUGUCGAACAGAUUGAAGCCGACUUCCCUAUGGGUUACCAGAACUCCAGAUCAUGGUUUUUACCCCUGCCGGCGCCGGAUGAAAGACAUUUAUUACAAGUUUUAACGGCAGAGCAACGGGAGUUGUUACCAUCACUUGGGUCUCAAGCACAACUCUCGAAGAAAAAGUUGGAUAAGAUUAAUACCUUUUAUGGAAUCAAUCGUGAAGGGGGUUGGCAAGAUCACAUUGAAAGUUUAGACGAUGAUGGACUAGCACCUUUAACAAAAUGGGCCCAAAAAUACGUCUACGACCACCAACACCCUGCAAGCUGCGAGGGCAAAAAAUUCUACAUCCUCGAAGAAAAGGCCCCCUGGUACGGCCUGGGCGCCGCCGUCCGCGUUAUAUUCCGAGAACUCGAGCUCGCAAUCUCAGUCGGCCGUAUCCUCGUCCUCGAUCCCCACAACCCACCAGGAGGCAAUCUGAUGAGCAAAGACUGUGGUGAAUAUCGAGGUCGAAACGCAUCAAUAGAAUGUGUUCUGGAAGAUAUUACUUCCUGCGCCGCGUAUGCUACACCGGAAAACUCCGUGAGAGAGGUAUCAAUUCAUUCAGUUCCUGGGGGUAACAAGUUUGUUCCACCUCUACCCGCCGUAGCUUUGACGACGUAUAUGAAAGAAACCGGUUUGGCCCUUACUGGCGCCUUUUUGAGGUACUGGUGGCACGCCCAAAUGUAUGCCUAUAUCUUUCGCCCGAACCGGCAGACUCUGGCUCGAAUGGUAGAGAUGAGAACGAAUAAGACCCUUCAUACAGCCGUGGAUACAAACGUCAGGGAUAAAGAUGGAAAUGGAAGACCCCACACCGUCCCAUUUCCUCUCCUGCCAUCUACUAUUUCAAUACACAUCCGUCAUGGCGAUAAAGCGAUUGAGGGCCGUCUAAUCAGCACCCGCGAUUACAUUGUUGCAGCAGAACGCUUCAUCCUCCGAAAUCCAAUAACAUACAGAAAGCGUGCCUUUGUCACAACCGAAGAUCCAGAUGCAAUUAAGGAAAUUAGGAAAACUACGGGAAUAAACCCAAUUAGUACCGCCUUUUCAAACCCAAGCUGGUAUUGGUAA